AUGGUGGUCUCUCACAAACAAAGAACAAAUUCCUCCAGCUCACCACCUCGUAGCAGUGCUCGGAUCUGUGCCCGGCAGGACACUCCAAUGAAGAACAAACAAACGAUGAUCCAGCACUUGCAAAACAGCUUUAUUGAAGAUCACAGGAUACAGAUAAAACCAACCAUAUCAUCGCUUGAAACGUGUCUGAUGAUAAGACCGGUUCCUCUGUAUUACAAGUAUCUGCUGACUUUCCGUUUUGCCAUUGAGGAGAUUAACCAAGAUCAGACAAUUUUACCCAAUGUCUCUCUGGGAUAUCAGGUAUACGACUCCUGUUCCGAUAAUAAGAAAGCUGUGAAAAGUGUCCUACAGAUUUUAUCAGGACCCAGAAGAACCGUCCCCAAUUAUUCCUGCACAGGACAGAGGAAGGUAGCCGGUUUUAUUGGAGAUGAGGGUUCAGCAACUACAAUGGCCAUGGCUCAGAUACUGGCCAUAUACCAAUACACACAGAUCAGCUAUGGGGCCACAAGUUACGUCCUCAAUGACAGAAAUCUCUACCGAACCUUUUACCGAAUAAUUCAAAGUGCCAAAAUUAGCUUUUUGGUGUUAUCAAAGAUGAUUAAGUCCUUUGGAUGGACGUGGGUUGGGAUUAUAUCUUCCGAUGAUCAGAGUGGUGAUGAGGAGGUUCAGAUCGUGACCCAAUAUCUGACCAUGAAUGGAAUCUGUGUGGCCUACACCAUCAAAGUGAAAUAUGCCAGAUUAUAUGUUCUAGAUGACAUUGAGAGAAGAAACAUGGAGAUGAUCAGGAAGUCCUCAGCCCAGGUUAUAAUACUCUGUGGGACAUAUUCCGCAUUUCUUAGAGAUCGGUUAAAAGCAUUACAAGACGUUCUCCAUGAUAAGACUCUGGUUUUUGGUCCUGUAUUUGCAUUAACCCCGAGUCUUCUGGAGGAACACACUGAGACAUUUGUUGGUAGUUUGAGUCUGGAACCUUCUCCGUUGCCUGUUCCGGAUAUGAGAAGUUUUUACAAAAGUUUCCAGGCCAUAAAUCAUCCAGAAGAUAAGUUAUUGGUUCACAUAUGGUUGAUAAAACUAAACUGUUUAUCAAGAGAUCCGCACAUGAAUAAUUUCCAUCAACUUGCAUACAAUAAAUCUCUUCACAACUGCACUGGAACAGAACGGGUCACAGAUUUUUAUAAUUUUCAAUUAAAAGGACUCUCUGACCGAGUGUAUAAAGCCGUAUAUUUAUUGGCUCAGGCUCUACAUGAUCUGUACAUGUCUAUGGACAGACGGGCUACUGAUAGGAUCGCUCUUCUCUACAGACAAAGACAUUGGCUCCAUCACUAUCUGGCAAAUCUAAGCGACAUGGAGGGGAAUCCUUAUUUUUACCGAAAUGGAGAUUUCAUUGAUCAAUAUUCAGUCAUGAACUUCGUUGGUUUCAGUAAUUUGAAUGUUUUAUAUAAACGUAUCGGCCGAACCAAAACGGAGCAUCAAACAUUGUAUAUGAGUGUGAAGGGUGUGUCAUGGAAGACCAGCAACCAGCAGGCUAUAAACACCAUAACGACCAUUCCGGUGCUUACAUGGAAAACAACAGGCGUGAAUUCAACUUUAAAGAAGCAAGAAUGGAGCACUCACUCGGUCUGUAGCUUCAAAGAUUCUUCUUUAUUCAAUGAAUGCGGUAAACAUGCAGGGGAGCGAACAGGAGCGGUACCCAAGUCUCAGUGUUCAGAUAAUUGUUCACCAGGAACCCAGAAAAUCUCAUUGUCCAGCAUCUACUCCUGCUGCUAUGACUGUGUCCAGUGCUCACCGGGGGAAAUCUCCAACAUGACCGACAGUGAAACCUGCAUGAAAUGUUCUGACCUUGACUGGCCCAAUGAGAAGAAGGAUCGUUGUGUCCCAAAGCUGCAGGAGUUUCUCUCCUACACAGAUGACACAAUCGUUCCGGUUAUUUCUGUGGUUUCCACUAUAUUUUCUUUCCUUACAUUCAUGAUUCUUAUUACUUUUAUUCUGUACCAAGACACGGCCAUCGUGAAGGCCAAUAACAGAGACCUGAGCUUCCUUCUUCUGGUCUCCAUCAUGCUGAGCUUCCUCUGUGUCUUCUUGUUCCUUGGACAUCCGGUGGACCUCACUUGCCAGAUACGUCAGGUCUCAUUUGGAAUCCUCUUCUCAGUAGCCGUUUCUUGUGUUUUGGCUAAAACGGUGACGGUUUGCAUAGCUUUUAAAGCCACUAAACCCGGCAGCUCCUGGACACGCUGGAUUGGAAGCAAGUGGUCUAAUUCUUUGGCGUUGUUCUGCUCAUCCAUCCAAGUCAUAAUUUGCAUGGGUUGGUUGGCUCUAGCGCCCCCCUUCCAAGAGCUGGAUACUCAGUCCUAUCAGGGAAAGAUCAUUGUGCAGUGUAAUGAAGGCUCCAUUAUUGGGUUCUAUUCUGUCCUGGGUUAUAUGGGGGUCUUGGCGGCUGUUAGUUUUAUUACAGCUUUUUUAGCUCGGACAUUACCGGACAGUUUCAAUGAGGCCAAGUACAUCACCUUCAGCAUGCUGGUGUUCUGCAGCGUCUGGAUUGCCAUGAUCCCAGCUUAUCUGAGCACCAAAGGGAAAUACAUGGUGGCUGUGGAGAUAUUCGCCAUAUUGACCUCAAGUGCUGGACUUUUAGGGUGUAUAUUCCUCCCAAAGUGCUAUAUUAUCCUCUGGAGACCAGAACUUAACUCCAGAACUCAUUUACUGGAGGAAAGGAGAAGAGGAUGA